CUUUCUCCUCCCCAAAUCCAAAAAACAUAAUUAAACAAAAAUGUCAUGGCUCGCUCGUUCUCUCGCCAACUCCCUUCGACUCGACGACGAUAACGACGACGACGAUGAAGACAACGACGUCGUACCCUCCCACCCUCACCACCCAGACUCAGCACCAUCUUUACCCACCGAACAAGUACGCCACAACCACCACCAACAACAAAACGAACCCGAAGACAGUGAUUGGCAAUCAGAAGAGGCCCAUUCCCAGGGCGUCAAAGACGACCUCUCCGAACUCAAACAAACCCUGACGCGCCAGCUCUGGGGCGUGGCCUCCUUUCUCGCGCCCGCUCCUUCCUCGGAACCCUCCACGCCCUCGCAUUUCCCCCAAUCUGACCCGUUCGAUCAGUCCGCGUCAUCCGGGGGCGAAGAGGAGCCGUCGGAAUAUAAGUUCUCCGGGAUCCGGAGCGACAUCGUGGAGAUCUCAAAGAUGGCGUCGAAUGAGGAGCUACUGGAGGCGCGUGGUUUGGGAGGAGCCGUGGGGAUCACGGACGAGGUGUUGGCGUUCGCGAGGAACAUCGCGAUGCAUCCCGAGACGUGGUUGGAUUUUCCGCUUGAUGAGGAGGAGGACUUGGAUGAUUUUGACAUGUCUGAUGCCCAACAAGAACAUACUUUGGCUAUCCAACAUCUUGCUCCCAGAUUAGCUGCCCUGAGAAUUGAACUUUGUCCUUGCCAUAUGACUGAAAGUUACUUUUGGAAAGUCUAUUUUGUGCUUCUGCACUCUAGACUCAAAAAACAUGAUGCGGAUAACUUGUCUACGCCCCAGGUAGUGGCUGCCAGAGCAAUGUGGAUGCAGGAGCUACAAAAGCAAACAAAGGCAGAGACUGACUGGUUGGCAAGAAGCCAAUCCUAUUCGAAAAACAGUGCUAAUAUACUGGAGGAAGAUAUUGAACCUAUGCCACGGGGGACAUUUUCAUUUGAACCUAGUAGCUCCUCCGUGGCUAGAGAUUUCGAGACUGAGAAGCACCCGGUUGAAAGUAACGAGCUGCAAUUUAUUGAUAAGUCUGUUAUUGAAGAGAGGCCAGUAAUUAAGACUGCGAAUAAGGAUUCUAAACUAGUGGUUCAGAAUUAUGAAGACGAUGAGGAUGACUGGCCUGAGGAUGAUUCAGAGUUAGGUAGGUGUAGUGGAGCUGCCAUUGAUGUGGGGAAUGGAGAAGACAUAUCUUUCAGCGAUCUGGAGGAUGAUGAGGAUUGCAGUGUACCCAUAAAGUCCAAGAUAGUAGUUUCAAAGGGGUAGGAAUUUUCGAGGAAAGUCCAUGAUUUGCGCAUAAGCUUUGCCUAUUGGACAAAACAUGGAACUGGAGAGGCGGCUUCCUAUAUGAAAAUUCCUCACGUGGCGCAAGACCGGACAUGGUUCAAGCAUAUGGUGAUGGUGUCAUAUGAGCUUUUUGUACAUAGUGAUUGAUAAUCUGUUUGAUUGGUUUGUGUGAGAAUUAUAACAAACGCAUUCGAGUGAUUCAGCAAAGCAGAAAGCUGUUGUCAUUGGUGAACCAUUUUUCUGAAGACAAAACGUGCGAGGACUCCAGUUAGUUAAGCGUGGAAGCAAUGAAUUGUUCCACGUUUGUUGCGAUGUACAAAAAGCCUUAUCUUAAAUUGUGAGGCUGUGAUUUUUGCUUCUCUGUAUUUUUAUUUUUAUUUUUUUUUUAUAAACUAUAUUUGAAGCGUUCAAAUACAACCAAAAAGGUGUUGGUUUGGUGCUUGUUUGUAACCAUAGAAAAGUGAAUCUUUUGCGUAAAAUAUAGAAAAGACGUUUCAUCC